AUGGCGGACAGGUGUAUUCUGGCCAUAUCUGGCAUCCCAGGGUUUAGCCAACCUCUAGGACGCCCACCUCCACCCAUCAUAUCCCUCGGCGCACACGAAAUAAUUCUUCCCCGUCGGUGGCAAUGUCAGUCUUGCAAUUGUCAAACACUUUGCAACGCCUACGAGCUCCAUCUCAACCCUCUAAUAUCACCCCCGAUUCUUGUCCAACCUGUUCGCCAGCAAGAAAUCCUCUCCUCCUAUCUUGAGAGCUCGUCUUCUGACUAUGAGGAUAUUCCAAACAUUAAAGACUGGAAGCCAACAAAGCAGAAAGCGUCACACAAGCCUGAGAAGAACAAGGUACCCAAGCUGCAACCAUCGACAUGUUGGAACUGCAAAAAACCGAUGAUUCUGUCUUGCAUCCUUCUCAACAAGUUUUCGAAUCCAAUUUGCACCCUUUCUGGCGUGAACCUGAUCCCCAAUCGGCUCACCCCAGCAGGCAUCCAGUGCUGCGCUUGCGAACGACCACACUUCCUCUCCUCGCGCCCCUUCUCCGUGGACGAACAAGAUCACCCACAAUCCCAGCGUCCAACCACCCUCCAUCCCAGCAGCAAACCCCUCACUUACCAGUCCUCCGCCGCGCCUGGGCCCCGCGACCCUCGGCCUCCCUGCGCCCAUUGUCUUCACCCCUCGACGCUCUACACUGCCCAGAUCCACCAAAAGCUCACCCAGGAAUCCUGCCAGGGCAACUGCUGGAUCAUUUCGAGAUACGGCGAGCGGCUGGCCAAGAUACAAGACUUGUUCACGCCUGUCUCCCUCCCUUGGCUCCUCCCCGACGCAAACCCAGAUGAUGAACCAAAGCAAGGGUUGUUACACCUGCACCUGAGACUAUGUGAGGAUCACGUCGGGGAAUGUUCCUCUGCUGUGCGCGAGGAAAAACAGAGGAAGAACCGCGCGCAAAAGAGAGCGGAAGCCAGCGCGGCGAGGGCUACGGAGCGGGAGUAUCCGACACGGUCAGGUCCGGGGGAGGGAAUGUCGAGGGUGGAUAGACGCGUUGCUGCUGCCGAGAGAAGGGUUGUCAAUGCGGAGGAGAAGCUGUCUGAGGCGGAGAAGAGAAGGGAUGAAGUGGUGGAGAAGAUUGGGGAGGCGAGGGUGUGGGUUUUGGGCGUGUUGACCGGUCGGCGGGCGAGUUACGAGCAUGCGGAAGGUGGUAUUGCUGAUGAUGGUGACGGCUCGGGUGAAGAUGGUGGUGAUAACAGGGACGCUGAGAUGAAAGACGUCUCCGAGGCUGUCGGGGGUGGGAAUGAUGAUGGGGUGGGGUAUGGGCAGGACCGGGAGGGCGAUGUGAAUAUGGAUACGGCUGGAGAAAAGCAAGAUGAGAGCCCAAAAAGAAGCCGGAAGAGAAAGGUGAUCAACUGGGAUGAUGAAUCACUGCCCCAACCAGAUCCAAGUCAUGUAAGGUAG